AUGCUCAUCUCAGUGCAAUUUGGCGUCGAUGUGAGAGAGAAUCUAUCUGACUUCAUGAAACAGCUAGAAUAUGCCAAGAGCCUCGAUCUCAGGCCGCCUUACGUUCUAGAGAAGGGUAACGUUCAGUUCAACUUCCUCAAUCUCUUCCACAGGAAGGGAACCCCCGAGCAAAUCCUCGACCUCAAUAAUAAGAGGUACGAUGAAGUCAUGGCUCAAGCAAUCCACGAGCCCAAGGACUUUGACAUUGAGCUGAUCCGCCCACCCGAGGACCUUUCUACGUAUCAGCAUGCCAAUGCAACCAUCAUGUCAUUGGUCAGAAACAACGAGGCUGCAAAGAUCGGCUCCGCAAUCAAGUCCUUCGAAGCUCUGUUCAACAGCAAGUUCAAGUACCCUUAUACCUUUUUGAAUGACCAGCCGUUCACUGACAGAUUCAAAGAGAAGAUACGGAAAUACACCGACGCUCCCGUGGAGUUUAUUCAAAUACCGUCGGAAAUGUGGGACAAGCCUGCCUCGAUCGAUAUACCUCGAGAACGAGCAGCUAUGGAUCGGCUCCAGAUGCUCAACGUGGCAUACGCUAAGAAAGCAUCCUACCACAAUAUGUGCCGAUUUUACUCUGGUGCCUUCUACAAUCUUCCCGAAAUGCGCAAGUAUAAGUACUACUGGCGUCUUGAGCCCAGCGUCAAGUUUUUCACCGACGUCAACUACGACGUGUUCAAGUAUUUGGAGGGCACAAACAAAAUUUACGGCUUCACAAUAAGCCUUUACGACAUUGACGAAAGCAUCGAAACAUUGUAUCCUGAAACAUUGAAAUUCUUGAAUGAAGGGGACAACUACAAGUAUGUCAACGAAAAUGGGUCUUUCCAAUGGAUCACAGAGGACCAACAAAAUCCGAAAAAGACAAAAACUGCAAAGGGCUAUUCCACAUGCCAUUUUUGGUCAAAUUUCGAAAUUGCUGAUAUGGACUUCUAUCGUGGAGAAGCCUACUCCAAUUGGUUCAAGCAUCUAGACUCCACAGGCAACUUUUAUUACGAAAGAUGGGGAGAUGCUCCUGUGCACUCUCUUGGUUUAGCACUUUUUGCCGACAAACGUAGGAUUCAUUGGUUCAGAGAUAUCGGCUACCAUCAUAAUCCUUAUCGCCAUUGCCCCAAUACGCCUACAACGAAAAACUGCAAAGUGGGUCAGUUUUCUGAUUACGAUCGUGACUUUGACCAAAAUUGCUUAGCCACCUGGAUCGACUAUGAAGCUGGAGACUUGAGUGCUGUUUAUUGA